UGUUGGUUACGUUGUAUCAAUCUCCAGUAUAGGAGGGUACUAACAACCAGCAAGAUACAGAUACAUAGAAAGCAGAGGAAUUAACCCAGGGAGGAAAUCUGUUCAAUGUUGGAUUUACUGUACAGGAGACCAAAGGGAAAUAUUAAAUCCUUGAAUGAUUCGAGAUUUAACCUAAAAAUGACCGCCCGAGCCGGUAUUUUCGAUUUGGAACGGGAUCUCAAAGUGUGAUGGCAGCAGUCCAGUGAAUUGCUGGCCUCUCCUUUUCCUUGCCGUUGGAUUUCUUGGGGAGUGCAUUGGUCUGUGGUUAUUUUGACAGAUUUUUGUUGUCAUUCUCGUCAAUUACUUUUACUCUUUCUAUCUAUGGAGUGUACGUAAUCCGUCGUUGUACUGGGGUUUUCACACGGGGGCAAAAUGUGGGUAAAUAGGAAGGGGAUACCUAGACCCUAAGGAUUCUCUCAACCCAGUCCCCCAGCAGUCAGAGAAGGUGGCGGACCUCAUUGAGGCAAACCUGGGCCGUUGGCACUAAAAUGUCCUUAAGUAGUGGCACUGCAGGCGGGAAAGGUGUGGACUCGAAUGCGGUGGACACUUACGACAGCGGUGAUGAGUGGGACAUCGGUGUAGGAAAUCUGAUUAUCGACCUUGACGCUGACUUAGAAAAGGACAAACUUGAGAUGUCUGGAACCAAGGACGGAGGGGGUAUGACGGCUCCGCCCACUGCUGUUGCAGCUUUGCCUGACAACAUCCGAUUUGUUAGUCCUGUACCUGGCCCUCAAGGCAAGGAGAGUAAAUCUAAAUCCAAACGCAGCAAAAACUCUAAAGACAAUAGUAGCAAGGUCUCAGCUGGAGAUGGGACCAAGAAAGAAGGGCAGACGCGAACCCAAGGGGAACCAACCAACACUGGUGCUACUGCAGGAGCCACUAGCAACAAUUCCACUACUGGCAAAGGAAUGGAGAAGGGUGGCAAAGUCUCUCGGAACAGUGGUAAAAAAGACAAGGAAGGGGCAAGUGGGAAAAGUAAGAAGGAGAAAAGCGAGGGAGUGCCAGUGGUGGUAAUAGCUGCCACUGAAAAGGAGGUGGUUUCUCAAGUAGCUUUGGGGGUUAACCGUAGUGCCCCCUUUGAGAACACACAAUCUACAGACUUGGUAGGGGACGAUCAGUUGGGGAAUAUUGCACUCGAGUCUGUUGGGAUAGUUCCAGCAUUGACAAUUAAAACUGAACCACAGGAGCUGGACAAUAUAGAAUGCAGAACAUUGAAGAAAGUGAAAAAUGAAAAGAUGGAAUCUCCUGUCUCCACACCGGCCCCUCCCGCCCUCCACCUCCUGGCCGCCGUGGGCGACAACAUCGCGUCCCCGUGCGAGCAGAUAAUGGUGCGCACGCGCUCGGUGGCGUCCAACACAUCAGACGCGUCCCUGGCCACGGAGCCUGAUUGCCUUGGUCCCUGCGAGCCCGGGACUAGUGUCAACCUGGAGGGCAUUGUGUGGCAAGAGACCGAAGACGGUGAGUAGGCUAACAUUAGCCACUGCAUA